CGCCCCUAACACUGAUGAACCAGCACCAAGCAGCGAGGAAACGCGCCUUCCUCGAACAGGACCAACGCUUGAACAACAACAGACACAACAAACAGUCAAACACGCCAAAGAAACCAAAAGUCAACCGGAAACUAAACUUCGAGGAUGAGGUCACGACCUCGCCGGUUUUGGGUCUGCGGAUAAAAAAGGAGAGCCCCGAGCUGAGGAGACAGCGCGAGAAGUCUGCUCUCAGCGGGAACAAGCCACUUGGAGAGUUCAUCUGCCAGCUCUGUAAAGAGGAGUACCUCGACCCCUUCUCCCUUGCGCAGCACAAGUGCUCCCGCAUAGUGCGCGUGGAGUACCGGUGUCCGGAGUGCGACAAAGUCUUCAGCUGCCCCGCAAACCUGGCGUCCCACCGCCGGUGGCACAAACCUCGCCCGGUGAACAACCAGGGAGGAGAGACUCAAACAAACAAGAGUCAGCCGUUAAAGGAGACACGAGGGCUCAUUCAGCACGAGCGGCAGCCGGUUGACAUGGAGGGCAAAGAGAACGAGCUGCUGCGCAUUAACACCAACCAGCACCACGGAGCAUCGGACAGCUCCCGCAUGAGGCGCGAGCCCUCCCUGUUGAUGCUCCAUGGCCGGUCCCGAAACAGCCCCGACACCGACAGUCUUGCUCCUCCUCACUAUGAGCACUCUCUUCAUUACCGGAACCCGGUGGAAAAUUGUUUGGAGGUGAGAGCUGCUGACAGCCCACCCUCGAGCCUGUUUCUAUUGAACGGUAAUUCGGAAGAGAGCGUGGACCUGUCGCAGCAGCAGCGGCCGUCCUUCCCGCUUCCCGCUUUACCGUUCGUGCAGUCCCUAACGGAAGAGGAGGUUUACGACUGCAGGUAUUGCGGAAAGAAAUUCCGCCGACAAGCUUACCUGAAGAAACACCUUGCCGCGCACGAGAUGACAGCACGAGCGUCACCGCCUCCACCACCUUAUAACCAGGCGCGCGAGACCAGCGGCCAGGUGUUUCUGUGUCACCUGUGCGGCGCGCGCUUCCCGUCGGGUGAAAUCAGGGACAAGCACCGUAUGUGGCACGCGAUGAGGGAUGAGUUACUGGCGGGAACUUUGGGAGGAGGACUCAGACAUGAAGUAUUCCACGCGCAAGGAGACGAGAGCGGCACCGGAGAGAGCGAGCAGCAGCAGAUCUUCACGUGCAAGCAAUGUCCGUCAACUUUCUUCAGCUCCCCGGGUCUCGCGAGACACAUCAAUAAGUCUCACCCGACCGAGAACCGGCAGGUGAUGCUGCUGCAGAUGACCGUGCGACCAUAAUACGAUGUAAAGACUCUUAAACAAGAAAACUGAUGAUUUGGUGAAAACAUUCCUUCAUUGAUAGUCAUAAGGGAGACUCUAUGGAAUUUGAAUUUUAGUUAUAUCCAUUCACAUUAAAGAAAUGAUCAAUUUAAGCUUAUUGUAAAGCAAAGUUUAUUUUUGUUGUGGUGAAAAAGCUAAAUGUGUAUCAAUCUGCGACAGGAAGUGGAGUCACUGUUUCUGUUUAAAGGUCAGUAAUCAUCUUGACUUUGUUUCAGAAAGGCCCAUUUAGAAUAUAGUGGUACUAGAAUAAUGAACCCAUUCAAACGGAAAUAAAAUACGUUCCACAACCACUGAUGCUAUGUACUAAAAAACACCUAAUGUAAUCUUCAACAGGAUGAUCAGUCUAUACUACAAGCAGUAUUGUAAUAUGAAAAUAAUAAAUACAACUUUAACAAUGGGACAUUAUCAUUCAGGUGGCAGAUCUAAAAUAAUGAAAUAAACCAACAGCAAGAUUAUUAUUACUGAUGCAAUUUACAGUGAGCUAUACACUGAAGUCUGACACAUUACAUUAAAUAUCAGUAAUUGUCUCUAUAAUAAUUCUCAGACAAUAUUGUGUCUUAUCCGUAUUGGCACAGAGGAAGCCAUCUCUCCAGCUUCUCCUACAUGCCCAGCACUCAGUAAAUGAUUUGACAUGUAAUCACAGAAGCAGCUGUUAGACUGGAGAGUGGGGACAGAGGGAAGUUUGACAGAAAAGGUCAUUUUGAUUAUAACUAAUUAGAGCAAGACAGGGUCAUUUUACAUGGAAGAUACUGAAGCAGAUAGACAGGCUACACGUGGCAGACAUCUCAACACAUUCCUGUGGCAAAGUAAUCAGAUUAUAUUGAAGCUGCGUUAUAACUGGAGACAGAAUCAAUGUCCUAACUCUGUUACAAAGACUUUCAUGUACAGUGAACAAUACAAAAGAAGAUUGACUGUAAUAUGCCUUUUAUAGUAAAUGUGCCAGUACGUUUCUCAGCUAAAAAAUAUUUUUCAUACAAAAAAGGAACAUUUAAUGCUAUUAGUUUAAAAAAAAGUAUUUCAUCUUUAUUAAUUAUAUAUAACUGUUGAAAUAUUUCCUUCAUGAUGCUUAAAUGUAUUUGUGAUUCUGUGAAGCUUUUACUAUUUUGAUAUGUUUCAUGUGAAUUUUAAUUGAAAUGAUUGUCAAUAAAUGGUGAGACAGUAUGAUCAAUGGACUGGUUCAUAUACU